CUCAGCCCCGGAGCGCCGGGAGUGCAGCCCCCGGAAGUGCGCGCCUGCGGUCCUGGCGAAGAGUCUGAGAAGUCAACUGGUACCAUCCACAUUUAGAUCCUUUACUGGCUGAAACUAACAUCAACAGGGAUGAUCUGCUCCUACCAGUUCAUCAGUAAGGAGGUGAAGAAACUUUGGGCCAUGGGUGAAGGAAACCUGUUGUAGAAUAAGAAGAGAAGAGAAAGAGUGUGGCCCCGUUGAUUCAGCUGCAGCAUCUCCGGGAAGUCUCUGCUGGAUGCAGCAUGAAGCUCCCCUUCAGCCACAGCACCGAGCCCGUGAUCGCGGAGCACAUGGAGAUGGCUCUGCUCAGCAACAUCCUGGCAGCCUAUUCCUUUGUCUCAGAAAACCCUGAGCGAGCAGCUCUGUACUUUGUCUCUGGCGUGUGCAUCGGGCUGGUCCUGACCCUGGCUGCCUUGGUGAUGAGGAUCUCUUGCCAUACAGACUGCCAGCGGCGCCCCAAGAGGAAGUUCCUGCAAGACCGAGAGAGCAGCAGUGACAGCAGCGACAGCGAGGAUGGCAGCUCGGACACCGCCUCUGACCUCUCGGUGCGGAGACACCGCCGCUUUGAGAGGACUUUGAACAAGAACGUGUUCACCUCUGCGGAGGAGCUGGAGCGUGCCCAGAGGCUGGAGGAACGCGAGCGCAUCAUCAGGGAGAUUUGGAUGAACGGCCAGCCCGAGGUGCCCGGCACCCGGAGCCUGAACCGCUACUACUAGGGGGAGCAGCCGGGACCCCCAAAACCUCUUGAAGCCACCUGGAAGGGAGGGGGUCUACAGGAAUGGUGGUGGGCACAGGGAACUGAACCCAGCUCUGCUAACCAUUGGCAGCAGAGAAAAGCCCGGAUGUGCCUGCCCAUUUUUCUAGCCAGGAGGACUGGUUUCUCCAUUUGACUCUUUAUCUAUGGAGAACCAGAAGAAUCAAGUUGGCUCAUCCAUUUCCAGGUCUUGGAAUGGUGCUGAAACACCCUCUCCAACAAUGUGGAUGGAGAUUUGAGAAACAGGACUAUGGUUUCUCUUGAUUUCUGAGGAUCUCAGAAGUUUCUACAGACUUGAUUGCUAUGUUAUUCCUUUACAAAAGGAAAGAUUCUGAUAGCAAGAGAGCUGGAGAUAUCAGGGUGCAUAUAACCCCCAAAAAUGCAGUUUUCUAAGUGACUCCAUGCUGUGGAGCUGAUUCUGAUUCAGAGAGCAUGAUCCAUGCUUAUUAUUUAAGGCUGAAUUUUUAAAAUCUUGAGUUGCAAUGGCAACCUCUAUCCAUUUUAACUGACACCUCAGGGAUUAAAAUCCUAUUUUUUAGUAUAGUUCCCACCUCAUUCAUGAAAAUGAAUAGAAUUAUUGUAUUAUGGGGGGGUGUGUCAGUGAACUAGCAAAUGCCAACCUCAAAGGAUGAAGGGUUUUUAUUUUAAAUAGUUUAUAAAAAUAUAUAUUGACAUGCAUAUUUGAAAAUGCUGCAUAAGGAUUAAAGUUGUGUGACCUCCUCCCCCUUUGGAAAGAAGAUUUAGCAUGAUUUUAAACAUGUUGUUUUAAAAAAUGUUUGGAUUCCUAUGAAAAGAAUGGAAAUGGGAGCUGAGGAUGGAAGUCAAAGUUAGGAUGGGAUCAAAAAAUAAAUGUUACAUAAAAUCUUUUGA